AUGAUUUUGUCGUCUGAUGCCCGAACACAACUUAUAAAGGAAUUAGUUAAUGGUCGUUGUAAUAGUAAUCAUAGUAGCGAAGAUAUUCUAAUGGUGACAAAUGUUAUUGCAAUGAAUAAAGAUUUUGUUAAUCGGGUGUUGUUAGUAUCUGAUUUUGCUGAAAAGAAUAUUAUGGUGGAUGUGAAUCAUGUUACAGUUGAUGUCUUAAAUGAUAUGAUUUUGCUUCCAUUCACUAACAUUUGUGUUGAUUGUAAUGAAUUACCUAGUUUGUAUCGCUGCAAGUCGGUUCAUAUUAUUGAUUGUUUUAAAAUUAUCCGAGCGGUAGCUAUGACCGGGGAAUGUAAAUCAUGUUCACUUUUAUAUGGUCACUCGUCUUCGAGUUCAUUACGAAGCCGAUGGCGGAAAAUCAGCAGUUCGUCCAUGAAUAGUCCAGUGAGAGUUUUUUAUUUAUCUGACUCUUUUGGACUGACAUAUUCAGUUCUUUUUGAUUAUACAUGUCAACUAUUAAAUUACCAGUGUCCGUUCAAGGCAUUUUCCCGAACGCUUAUCGACCGAUAUAAUUAUGAGAAGCAAAAUAAUGGUAUCAUUUUUCAACCUAUUCGAUUAGCAAAACUGUUUCACUGUCACUGGAUGUUAUAUCAAAUUGUACUUUUUGAAUUUAUGUUAGGAAAAACACAGUCGGUGAAUUUACCUGCUUCACUUAAUCGUUGUGAGCUCAAUGAUCAUUUUGAAAACUAUUCAGGUUGGUGGUAUCAUUUGUUCACCAUAUUUUGGUCUCGUCAUAAGUCAAUUCCGAAAAUUAAAUGUGGUGCAUUGAACUGCAGCCAGUGUGUAAUUGUUGAUGGCCAUCAGAAAGCACGAAGGAUCGUAUGUAGCUUUAAGAACGUCUUGGAUACAACAAUUGAGGAAAUGACUGCCGUUGAAAUCGGCUGUCCAUAUGGGCCUUGUCGAAAGAAACAAUCGUCUAACUCUGUUGAUCCAAGUUUUUGCCGUUAUCAUCAGCCGUCGUUCUAUUUAUCAUCUUCAAAUUUACAAAAAGCUUGCGAAAUGGCUACAGAAUUUUCGUCCAAGAGUAAAAUGGUUAGACUUACAAAUGCAAUUCAGAAUUUAAUUCAAUUCAGAAUUCUUCCAAAAGGAAUUGGUCGUGAUCGACAUAUUGUAACAGCCCGCAAAGAAACAUAUAUGAAAGCACCACCAGCCACUAUGCGUUCUAAUGCAAACAUGCUUGUUUAUCUGCAAUCAAUUGGUAUCGAUCUUGAUGAAUAUGUGCAUUUUUAUCUGUCGUCGCCAUUACCGACGGACAUGAAAUUGACCGAAUUUGCUGUUAACAUGAUUUUAUCUAAUGAUGAUUAUAUUGAAAUUUGUCACUUGUUUAAUGAUGUUCAUAACCCCCCCCCCCCCCCCAA